CCACAUGUAUUUACAGCUCCGGUCUCUUUGUGCCGUGUCUUUAGUAACGCGGCUGCGAACACCGGACUAAACAUCCUCCCAAUACUCGUACCCUGGGAUAUUUGCUGUCUGUUCGCUCGCCAUUUGAGGUUGCUGCAGCUCUCCGUCGGUCUUGACUACCUUUUCAGCGCUUUCUGCACAUCAGUUAGUAUAGAUCAACAGUCUAGUCGGACCAAUAGCCUGACUCCCGUUUGUGCACGCCGCCUGCCGCCCGCAUCGCACACCAGAGAUAUACAGACAGGCCCCUUAUCAACAUCCUCAACAACUUGGGUUCCCACUACCUCCUCUGUUUGCUUCCUGAACCAUGGACUUCCCUAACCAACCUCCGUCGACUUCUGGCUUUAGAGCUCCGCCUGCUAUUCCAAGCGCUGUCAGCACUGCGUUCAGACUAUCGUCCCCCAUUAGACGCAGCCCUGCCAAGUCUCACUCUCCCUGUUCUUCAGGAGCAUCGUCUGCAGUCACCAACGCAGCGCAGCUCUCGAGACAUAACUCACCUGAUUCCGUGCUGCGAGCUCACGACUUCGAUCUCCUUGUUCGUUCUGUAGGUCCCAAGUCCCCAAGUGCAACGGCAGAUAUACUAGAUCUUUACUCCGAGACCGCGUCCAGCAUCAUGAACGAACCACAAAACAGUCAAGGACUUGACGGCCGAGCCGAGAUAGAAGAUCUCUUGACAGGUCGGGUUCCUGGUACACCGAGCGGGCUGGAAGCGUGCGUGGGUGGUUCUGGUGUGCAUCACCAGCCGCGCUAUGUCGAUACUGACCCCGGCCUCUGGUGGCCAGAGGUUACAAAUGUGAGCAGCAGCCGGGCAAGCCCUGCUUCUUACUUUUCUUCCUUCCAAGCAGUGGGCGGUGGUGCUGGUGGCGGCCAUGACAGCAGCAAUUGCGGCGGCGAUGGUCCUCUGAAUUCCCCAUCGGCCCCUUUCUCGAAGGGCAUACCGAAUACCGGACCACAGCUACGAAAAAGAUCUGCCGGAUGCGAUGUUGCCACUUCAACCGAUACUGGAAAGAGCGACCUGAGCAGUCAGAAACAAGCGCAGUCACGCAGUAGCAACAAUAAUGCCAUAGGGGAACCGUCCACGAGCGGUGAUUCGAGGCCUGGCUUGACUCUUCAGCAGCCGCUGGCACCGGCUGGCGCAAGUCGCACGGAUAACGGCGGGUUGGCAACUACGUCCUCAGUCGUCCCUUCCUCAUUCGGUUUACAAAGGCUUUCCAAUUUGAGCCAGAACCACUACUACUGGUCAUCUUCCCGCCCAAACAUCUCGUCUCCCACUUCCUCCCCCGUGCAAUACCGCCACAACAGCAGCCGUAAUCUCCCUCACUCUCCAUUUUCUGUUGCUGCACCGGGCUCAGGCUUGCCAGGCUCCACGGUCUUUCAACCUGUGAUCGAUCCAGGCAGGCAGUCUUCCGUAUCAACCACUGAGAUAUCAUCAGGCAACCCUCCUGUGACUCUUGCCACACGUUGGGAGUCGCUUUCACGAAAUUCGGGUUCGAUUUUGCAACCUGCCCAACACCCUAACAAGCAGAACCAACAGAACACCAUCUUGCACCAUCGCAACCCAACUAGAGCAGCCCAUCGCAAACAUCACCACUCCGUCACUGACGCGACGGCAAACAAUACGAUGUCAUCCGCGCCAUCUUCAAGCGCACACAUGGCGCAAACUUCUCUGGCUCAGUCAUCGCCCAUUUUGACUGCUCAGAACAGUGGUGGGCUUUCUGAUGACGACACCCCGAACAUUGCGAUCGAGUACGACGAUGGCGAGAACUACUUUGCCUACUGCUUUGACCGGGGCAACGGACGCUAUACGCGCCUAAUCCCCGCCGAUGUGCUUCCUCCUCUGAUGGAUAUCCCUUCGGUCGAGCACAGCUGCGCCGGAAUGCGCGUGCUGCCAAUCCCGCGAAACCUUGCGCCGACCGGCCGAUCCAUCAACAUGCAGCCUGUUGAUUUUGCUACGUCUCAUCGCGACUCCGUUUCCUUUACUACUUCUCUCUCGAGAAGCCCGGAUCUUGUUCAGUCGCGCAUCGACAACAUCGUCGCCACUCAGCCUCAACCCAUGCCCCCGACGACCCCGAAGCGUCUCAAGAUAUACUGCGACAAAUGGGUGCAUGAGGGCGUCUGUGCAUUCACUCAGCAGGGAUGCAAGUACAAGCACGAGAUGCCAUUUGACCGCGAGACACAGAAGUCCCUUGGUCUCUUUCAUGGCCUUCCUUCAUGGUGGCGGAAACACCACAGCGAGUUGCAACGCCAGAUUGAAGCCAGCGAUGCUUCUCCUACUGACCAACAAGCUCUAGUCGUGGGCAGCCGCUCCCUUAACGCUGGUGGAGAAGAUGCCAUCUAUCUUGGAGGCGGCGUAGAUGGCUAUGGCGGCCAUGUUCAGACUCCCCUGGCCGGCCGCCGACAGCACCACUCCAGUGACCUUUCUUGGCGGCGGCAAGAGGCUAUCCCAAUGGCCUCCACGGUUGAAAUGACUUCGCCCCCAACCCCUCCAUCGUCGGGUUCCCGAGCCAACAAAACCUUUACUAUGCCUGAACAUACAGACUCCUCCACUUCCCAUAGCCAGCGACAAUUUUCGAACUCUGGUCGUGGUGCAGUCUUGCCUGGCUUCGGUGGACAUGUCACACCGUACAUGACGGCGGGUCGCGGGAUGCCCGUGGGACGUGGAGGUGACAGAUCAUCUGGCUGGGGUGCUGUUGGAACUCCUGUCCCGACUGGAUUUCAACUUCCCACUGGCUCGGCUACCCGUUCUGGAACACAGAACCGCCCUGAACGAAGAGGAAGCAACAAGUUCGCCUCGAUGAACAUGUUCGAUCAGCUCUCGCUCGACAACCCGCAAGAUUCCCCCGAUGAUGGCGAUGACAGCGGCGAGGGCGCUCAGCUAGCUUAACGCUCGAGAUUCUACUUGAGCUCUGGAUGAACUGAGAAUCAGCAGAUAAACGAAAUAAAAAAAGGCAAAAAAAAAGAGAGGAGAGUGAGACGCUGGCCGCGAACCUCCAUCCAGCUAGCUGGAGUGUUGCGUUGCGCGAUUAUCCACUGUUAUUUGGUGCUGAUACUUACAAUUAGAUCAUGUCGAUGAAGGGUAUCUAUUUCAGGACGCAGCGGGCCCAAUCAGACAUGGAAUGACCCCAUACGAUAGGGGCGACUUGCCUUGCGCGAUCUGCAACAUUUCGACCAUUCUUUCGGAUUGGCUUGUCAUUGAAUUCUUUAAGAUUUUUCUCUUUCUCUUUCUAUGUCUCGGAUCUCUGACAAAGUCGAGAGCACUGGCUCACGCCAAACAGAGCUCUUAAGAAUUUCUUACGCUUUUCUUAUCGGCAGUUUCCGCUUUACACGUUUCAGGACUUGGAUCCCACUCCAACUGUACUUGCUGGUCGUGAUUUGACGAUGAUGCCUCGAUAUUGGCUAAUAUUAGGGGCUUCGAAGACAUAUCGGAGGGAGCCACCGCAUUUUCUGACUGAUUGCCUACCUGCCUUGCGUUCUCAAUCCUUCACAAAGUUUCCUUUCUG